UCACGAGACAAAACUGGCGUAUCUAUCUACAGCAGAUUUUCUCUUUCCUCCUCCACAGCCUUCCUUCCAUGGCUUCACUCUCUCUCCUCCUCUUCCUCUCACUCCAAUCUCUCUCUUCCGCCGUCUCCGCCGCCUCGCCGGAGAAUCUCCGCCGUGAAGAGUACAGAACGGGCAAGAUCUACGACAUAACACACCAAAUACGACAAGACUUGCCCUCCAAAGCCACCGGAGACAAAGGCCUGGGUCAGUUCCUAUGGCCGUCGUCUCGCAUCAAGAACGGAAACUCCACGAACAUGUCGACGAUGAAACUGACCGUUCACUCCGUCACCCACCUCGACGCUCCCGGUCACUACAUCGACCGCUACUACUUCGACUCCGGUUUCGACGUCGACACUCUCGACUUGGACGUCCUCAACGGUCCUGCCCUUUUAGUUGACGUUCCAAAGGACAAGCACACAAUUACAGCCGAGGUGAUGGAAUCUCUGGAUAUCCCAAAGGGAGUAACACGAGUGCUCUUCAGAACAUCCAACACUCACAAACAACUCAUGUAUAAGAAAGAGUACGACAGGAGUUUUGUGGGGUUUAAUGGAGAUGGAGCGAGAUGGUUAGUCCAAAACACUGACAUCAAACUCCUCGGGAUCGAUUAUUUCUCCGUCGGGUCGGACGAUGAUUCCAAACGAGCUCAUCUCGAGUUUCUUGAGAGUAGAGAAAUAAUUCCAGUGGAAGGUCUGAAACUCGACGACGUUCCUGCGGGAUUGUAUUCAGUUCAUUGUUUACCGUUAAGAUUGUUCGGAGCAGAAGGUUCACCGGUCAGAUGUAUCUUGAUAGAAUGAUAUAUGUAUAUGAUUUUAUGUAUGUCUAGUAACAUUAUACCAUAAAGGGAAGAGAUUGGUCCAUGUUCAAGAUUUCAGACUAUGUCUAAUAACAGUGUACAUGGGGACUGGUUCUUGGGAAUACAAUUCUCAACGUCUGCUUCA